UUUUCUGCCUAGGUGUCGCUAACGUCGCUUUCGGCCAGGUGAAAUUUUGGAAUGGUCUCAAUGUUGGGUUGUCGUUUUAGGAUGUCUGCAUUUAUCGAGGGCCCACGAUAUCUACCUUUCUGCACGCACAGCCGUGCCUUAUGAUCCAAAGCCAGCCGGUCGACUUCCGCUGCGACCUGUGUGUGACAAGCAGGCGAGCUGUGGGGCACAGCCUGCAUGCUGGGAGUCGUGCCCCUGGCGAGUGACAGCAACGUGCAGCUCCGGUUCCUGGCACCUGAUGAUGCCCCCGAGGUGCGCCGACUCUGCACCGACUGGUUCCCCAUUGAGUACCCAGAUUCCUGGUACCAUGACAUCACCUCCAACCCCAGGUUUUUUGCCUUGGCAGCAAUGUAUGGGGGCCGCAUCAUUGGCCUCAUUGUUGCCGAAAGCAAGGCGCAGUCCCAGUGCAACCGAGAAGAUGCAGGACUCCUGGCCACAAACUUCCCGCCCUCUGCACAGGUUGCCUACAUUCUCACCCUGGGGGUGGUGCGCGAGUGCCGGCGCAAUGGCAUAGCAACACUCCUGCUAGACAGCCUGCUUGCGCACCUGUCCCAGCAGCAGCCACAACCCGGCUGUGGUGCCUGCAAGGCUGUCUACCUGCACGUGCUGGCAUCCAACACGUGUGCCAUCCAGUUCUACGAGCGGCGCUGCUUCCGGCCACAUGCCUUCCUGCCCCUGUAUUACUCAGUCCGGGGUGCACCCCGUGAUGGAUACUCAUAUGUGCUCUACAUCAAUGGUGGCCACCCACCCUGGACACUCCUAUAUCCUUUUCAGACUAUGGCAUUGCAUGGGCACUUGUGGGCCUGCUGUGGUCCAGCCAGAACCUUGAUUAAACAUACUUUUUGUGCCUUAAGAGCCAAAGCAGAUAAGCAGUUGGUCCAAUCGAUCCACUCUGCAGUUUGUGAACUAGUUCCUGCUGUACUACAUUUCUGAUGAAUGCAUGGAAUGCUGUGAACUCGUCCUGCGUAAAGCCUGCUCUGAGUGAAAUGAGUGGCAACAUUGUAGACGCUGCCACAUUGAAGUGGUACAAUAAAUAGCGAAGUGCAGCACCUUGUGAACUAGUUCAGAAAGUGCAGGCGAAUCAAAUGGACCUAAUAACACGUCAAACUGUGCAGGAUUUAAAAUAAUUAGCAUCCGCUGGGCAAACGUUUGAGGUAGCUCGCAUGCAUUGGCCCUUUUCCACGGCCAGCACGUUGCAGUAGUCGUAGCAACCCCUUAUAUUUGUUUAAAAUUGAAUUGUAUAAAAAAACCUAGAAAUAUGAUUAGAUUAUUCAAUUCAUAUUCUGCAUUUCUAUCAUCCACACACCAAUAGUGAAUGUGCCAUUCAGCACAUCAAUUCCGCACAUGUAGAGGUACAGACUGGCUGCACCAUUUUGAAAAAUGGUGGUAGAUUGAGAAAAUCAGUACAUUAUUCUUGUGUAGCAACCAGCAGUUGCAGUGUUGGACCCAUCGAUGCUGAAGUGUUGUUCAUUUAGUAGAAGACCAGAGACCAAUUUUGCAAUGGCCAUGGUUCAUUUGAGCUCUCCUUGACUUGUGCCCGCACGGACUACAUCAAGCACUGGAGCCAGAAGGUGUCCCGGCUGGAAGUGUGUGCACUGCCCAAGCAGCUGCUGCGCAUGGUGGGAAAGCUCUUCUCCAGGCUGUUCUCAAGGGUGUAUGUGUCACACAAGUAGCAACCGUGCCUUGCCCCAUCCCAAAAGACUGCAGCCCAUCAUUUGGGCACAAGACUGUUGUUGAAUUUCUCUUGGUGUUCUGCCUCUCUUUUCACUAAGUUGAAGAAAAAAAAAAGUGAAUGCUCAUUUCAAUGCAGUGCCGACACUGAGCAAAGUGUUGUUUUUUUACUUCUGCAACAACCUCGUUCCUCAUGCAUUCACGAAAAGACGUGUGUGGGUGCUGUGCUGGGCCCUACGCUGUGCCUUGGGUUCUCCAGUCAAGUGCAGCUGCUGUGUACAGACUUCUUUCUUUUUAUGUGCCUUAGCUGUGUUGCUAAGGCUAGUACGGUGGCAUUUUUGCUUUGCAUGUUUCUCGAUUUGUGCAAAAGCAAGUGAAUGUGACAAACGGUGCUGGAAGAAGCUUGUGGAGACGUUGAGCUACUGAACAUUGUGCCAGCAUUAGACUAAACGAAUAUGAACACCACUCCUUGUCUAAAGGUAGAUUUUGCAUGUCCCCAGUGGAGAUGCUCUGACUGAGCAUUGCUUGCAUUGCCUCACUUUAAUAUAGCACACUCAUCGUCUGAACAAAAUACUAUACCUCCACACACAGCACACCUUACACACCCUAGUGCAAGCAACAAACAAAAAGACGCAAAGGCCGGCUAAACCAUACCUUUUGCAAUAGGGUGUACUCUGUGAGCAACAGUCGAUGUACCACAAAUUCUGCAGGGCCUGGGAGAGCUACCAGUGAAUUCUGGUUUAUUGUGGAAACUGUGCUCCUUAGGUGUAAGUGUGACAUUCCUCCACAAAUUAGCGGACAUGUGGAGAAAGCCAGCAACAGAAGAAAAUGAGCAAAGUGUUGUGCACGCAAAAGCUGGCUGUGGCUCGUCAGAAUGCAGAAAAAGCCACAAUUAUGCAUUUUGGUGAAAUCUUUGCAGCAGAAGCCAAAAAUUUGUGGCAGGGCCUUUCCACAACUACCAGAAGUGUCACCUGUACUGCUGGUUCCUCAUUAGCAUUUUCCUCUGCAGUGUAAGAAUAGGCAACAAGUGCUGCCAACUGUGGCCAAAAAAGUGAGAUGUGACUAUGCUGCCAACACAGCCACGGUGGAUAGCUGCUUCAGUGUGACAUUUUUUUAUGCACAUUUAUGAUGCGCGACAUCUCAACAUUGGAUCUGUGAACAUUGGAAUUUGAGCAUUUUGUUUUUCAUUACUAAAUAUAUGUCUCAGCUGUUCAAGCAGUGUGUUAUUCUUUCACAAGAGCAAAUGUAAUGGCAUGUAGCACAUACUGUGCUUCAGAAACUCACUUUGUUAUCAUAUGUCUAACAAAAUUGUUAUGGCUAUUUGUUCAAAGUUAUAUUUUUCGUGUCCCCAUAAUCAUCGGCGAUGGGUGCCAUUUUGCUUCAGCUUUGUUAAACCCAACAUGAUUAUGCAUGUAACAAAACACUGUUUUAAAAAAAAGACCUUGAAAAAUGCCUCUUAACAUAUUUAAGCAAUGAGAAAGUUUUUAUUUUCGAAUUACAAUUCCACACUUUCUGCUUCAACUACAUGCAUUUUCAUCCCAGCAUUAAUAAUAUUAAACAUGCACGUGUGGUUUAGCUCCUAAAAAAAUGGCAUUAAGAACAUGGCCUUGGCAAUCAUUACUGUACCUAUGCCACAGGGACAAGGUCUAUUCUAUACUAUUACACUCGUGGCACACAAUGCUUCAUCUGUCAUUACCUUUGUUUUAGUUUGUUUCAAUAUAAGUUUUAGCGUCACUUGCAUACACUCAUUUGGCUGCAAAAUGUGAGGAGAUAAGUAUAAAUAUAAGAAUAAUACUUCUGAUUGGAGCUGCACUGCAAGUUUGAAUAUAUAAAGUGUUUUAGUAAACCGAGCUGGAAAAAAAGACGGCUGGGUGUUUUCGGUAUCAGUACAUCUUCAUGUAGAGGGUUCACAUUUUUUCACAAUGUCUUGCACAUCCAGCAUAUAUUUCAAGUGCCUGGAUAGGUGCUUUUCACUUAUGCUAGACAUGAAGUUCUCAUAUAUGACAUUCCUGUAGAGAGUUCUCGCAUGAAGUCCAGAUUUUUUAAACCUGACAGAAAGAAUCGAAAGUUUAUAAUACAUUCUGCAGCUGUAUGGUUUUCAUGAUCCUGGAGACGCAAGUAAUGUAAUUGGUGCCUGAAGGGGCACGUGGGUGCCCAUACAACCUGACUCCAUGGCUCUCGGAGCAAGUUAUCUGUUGAAGCACUUAUGACUUCACAGGCCAUUAAAGGAAUCGGCAUAAGGGCUUGCAGUGAAAGGGAUACCUGAAACAUCAGCACGUCUGCUGCAAAAGGUUUAGUGGAUGAACGUAUGGUUCAGUUUCGAAUGUACUCUCCUGCCGCCAAAGCUGUCUCAUGUGCUGCUUUAACAGCCUGUCAUAGUAAAGUCAAAGUGUGGUAUCUCUGUUACACAGGUAUAUCACUCCCAAUGGAAUGUUGGCUUAAAAAAGCAAGUUUGAAUACUGCAAGCAUCGAGCCUUGUCAACAGCGCAGCAUCGCCCUCAUUUUCAGUUCAGUGCAUUGUCCGGAACACGGCUUACCCAGGGAGGUGACACGUGAUGCAUUAAUAAGUCAACAAGGUAUUUAUGCAGUGCAUGUUGAGAGACAAAGCUGAGGUGUGUCCGAAUGCAUUUGAACUUCGUUAUAGCAAUCGCAUUUGACGUGAAGAUACCUUUGUUAUUUCUGACAUUCGUUAUAAGCAUACAUCUGUGAAAAAUACCUGCAAAUUUUAUAUUUAUUUCAUUAUGUCCGGUAAUUCAUUAUACUAUGCUUCGACUGUACCAACAACUGUGCCUUGCAGGUUCACACCAUGUUCAAGUAACCUGAACCCCAUGCCGGUAAUAGACUGAGACUUCAUUUGAAUCCAUUCUGCACACUCCAUUACCAGAGGCAUGAAAGAGAACACUCCAAACAAGUAGGAGCUGAGCUUUGGUCUGCUUGUCCGGCUUAGUUGUGCAUCUGGUGGAAUAGGAUCAUAACUCUUCUACACAUUCCUGUCGCGUACAUUAUCAUGGAUGAAGUGCAAUAUAUGUUGCAGCAUUAUUUAUUGACCAGUGUGUUGUGGUGAAAGCACACGAACAAGCUCUCGCAAUGUGAGGGAAGGGUCUGUUUUUUUAUAUUUCUUACAAACUUUUGUGUUACCCUUCCCACCAGCGAGUUGUGUGGUAUGCUAGUUGUUUGCAGUGUGAAUGACACCAUAGUGACUGACAAGGCACAUUGCUGUUUUAUGCAACAGAUGCAGAUGUUUAAGCAAAUAAAAGCUUGUGAAAGUUCUCA